GCUCACGAACGGUACAUUUUAACAACAUUGACUCUCAAGCUAGUGAUGGUUUCACGAGCUUGAACUUUUAUUAUUAGCCUCUGAACAGUAUAAUUACGUUAGUGGAAUACUGCUCAUUAAUCUGUUGACAGACACGCAAAAUGUGCAGUGACUAUGUUGGGUGCGUGGUGUCUGUGCAGGUGGGGGGUGGCCUGGGGUGGUACCAAGGCCGGGUAGUGAGCAUCAACAUCGAGAGGCAGACCAUUACAGUUACUCGAGUUCUUCACAAUGGUCGCCCAGCUGCCCUCUCUGAAGUUACCAUCAAUGCUGGUGACAUCAUAGAUCUUCAGAUCCUCUCACGUCCAACUAUUGGUAGUGAGGAUGACCACAAGCAAAAAAUAAAUUCAAAGCAGGGACAGCACGUGCAGCAGACUGUCCAGCCUCAGACACCAUCUCGUCAACAACAGCCUCAAAAACCGAAAGAUGGCACAGAACAGCAAUGUACUUCUCACCAGAAAGUGUUGAAGAAUUCUCCACAACAGCAGGCAAUAGCUGCAGCAGAGGUGGUUCAACCAGCAAGUUCAGUGAAUGAAGUGCAGCAAAUUAGACGUAAACCUCGUACGUCUGUCGGAGAGACUCUUGCACAUGGGCCGCAUUCUUCAAGUACCAGAGAAUCUGCUGGUGAUUGGCAACGAAUGAACCAAGCUUCAGCAGGACAGGAAUACAGCUCUCCUCGACGUAUUGACAGAUACAGCAAUGAUCUCUCGAAAACUCCUGGGAAAAAGGAAAGAAUGAGGCGUGCUCGGGAUGAAACCACUUUUGGUACCCCUGUUGAUGAGGAUCUGCUCGCUACUGAAUUUGAUUUUGAAAAGAAUCUUGCUCUAUUUGACAAACAGGCUGUUAUUGAGGAAAUCCAGAGUUUGAAGCCAGAUGUGGUACGCCAGGCUGACCGCUACACGGAGAAAAAAUAUAGGUGUGACGAGAAUGUAUUGCCUUCUAAACCACCAGUAAAAAGGCAAAUUAUUGUUCCCACGUCUGGAGCUGCUGAAGUUAUAUAUGCUAAUGAUACUGGAUUACUUGUGCCCUCUGUAAGCAGUGAGCUCCGUGCUGCCCUGCUAUCCACAGCCAAUCAGCAUGGUCUUACAAAUUCUCGGCUGCUGGAAAUGAUUGGACGUGCUACCACAGAGCUCAUACUUUCACUAAGCGGGGGUAGUCACAGGUUGGGGACAGGAAAUAGUCAACAGCAACCAAUUGUAGUUUUGCUGUGUGGAUGCCAUUUGCAGGGUGCUGCAGGAGUUAAUGCAGCUAGACAAUUGGAGUCUCAUGGUGUACAGACUAUUGUAGUCACUCAUCAGGUGCUGGUUUCACCUCCACCUCCUCUGCUGCUCACUCAUGAGCUGCAGCUUUAUGCCCUUACUAAUGGCCGCACAACAUCUGAUCCUAGAGGCAUCGUGUCUGCUAUUGAUCUCAUAGUUGAUGCUCGUUUGGAUCACUGUGGACGAGCAGGAGAAGGCGGAUCUGGUCAGGCCUGGCUGAAUUCGACCACUGCUUGGGCCUCAAGCUGCCGUGCACCUAUUCUUGCACUAGACCCACCUAGUGACCUGGCAGCCAUUCCUUCGACUCUGCCACCAUUGCCUGCUCGUGUUCUUCUAUGUCCUUCUCUUCCCUUAGCUUACACUCCUGCUCGUGGAAAAGUGUACCUCAUAAACUUGCCUAUACCACAACAAACAUUUAGUGCUGUAGGCAUAACCUAUGUAUCCCCGUUUGGGGCCAAAUUGGUUAUUCCACUUCAUCCCUGUGAAUAAUAUGGAAUGCAGUAUAAUUUUAAUGCCCUUCAAAUCUCAUUUGUUAUUUUUUCCUUGCUGUAUACAGUUUAUAAAUUAAAUGAUAUCAACCUAUAUUUUUACAAGGAAUGAUGUUAUAGUAUAAAAGAGUAUCAUUAUUAUUAUUAUUAUAAUAUUAUAGCAUUAUUAUUAUUGUAAUAAGUAUCAGUUUAUGAAAAUACUGAAGAAAGCAUGCUUUUAACUUGAUAUCUUGGAAAUAGAUGAAAUGAAUUACUUAUGUACAAUGAGCAAGCAUUUAAAGUACAUUACUCAGAUUUAUUGAUACAUGAACUUGGAAUUUCUCAAUAAAAUGUCUCUUGUGAUUUUUGCACAGGAAAAAAAAAGAAUCGUGCUCAACUUUUUCAUAUGCUGGGAUAUACAUUGAAAUAUUUGUGUAUUUCACUGGAUUAUUUGUUGUUGUAAAAUGUAUAUACUGUAAUGUAUAAACAUGUUAAAUAUCUUGUGUAAUAAAUACAUAUAUAAAAGUUUCUCAUAUAUUAAUUGUAUGGAAAAUGUUGAAAAUGAUUGUAGCAAGUACUUUACUACAUUGUAUCCCCCUAAAUGCUUUGAUAAACUAUUUAUAAAAACGGAAAAAUGUAGUACAGUAGUUUCCUUUCUCGUGUAGUAGUAGUAAUCUGUAAUCAUCCUUAGCUGCUAUGUACAAUGGUAAUAAUUAUGAUAUACUAUGUCAGAAGUCACUCAUUUAAGUUGCAGGUAACUGAAGAACAAACUGUAUAUGCACUUGUAAAUUGCAGAGAGUAAUUAAAGUAAUUAUUUUAA